AUGGCUUCCCUUCUCUGCCCCGCCUCUUCCUGCCGCUCCGCUUCCUUGCGCCGCACAGCCGCCUCCCCCGCUGCACCAUCCUUCCCCUCAAGUCGGCACUACGGAGGCGCAUCCACAGCCCCGCUCGCGUCCCCAGUCGCCUCUCAGCCGCCGCGGGCCCUUGCGGCGGCCUCUUACGACUACGGCGGCGACCUGCUCAGGCCCAUCGACACACAGACGAUCAUCAUAGCCGCCGCCGUCGUAUCCGCGGUCUCCCUCUCUCUCGUCCUUGGCCUCAAGGGCGACCCGGUGCCGUGCGACAGGUGCGCUGGGAAUGGUAUUUGCAGUCUCUCCUCCAUUGCAUUCUUCUUUCUCUGGCCGGGUGAACUGAAUGGAUGA